CAAUAUGACGUCUUCAGUAAUGUGUAAAUGUACAUAUGUACAUGUAUAAUCUAAAUUGUCGUAUGGGAAAAACACACGUCAGAACUUGUCGAGAUCUACGAAACAUAAAGUUUUUUAAUAAAACUUUAUGACCGGAGUGUAUGAUAAAUGAGACGUUCACGUUUAAACAAUUAAAAUCUGUUUGCCAUUGACUUUAUACUGUCGUCUAUGUUUAACCCCACCAAAAAAAAAGAAUUCAAAAUGAAACCUGUGAUUAUUAUAACGAUUUUUCUUGCAUUUGUGCAAAUUUCCGUCGCUCCACCUGUAGAUAAACAAAAAGUGGCUGACCCAAAUUUAGAAGGAGAAUGGGAUUAUAAGAAAUACCCUGAAGGGCCACCACCUGCAACACGUGAUCUAUUUUAUCAACAUUACUUGGAGCAAGUUGUUGAGGUAUUGGAGUCGGAUCCAGAGUUUAGAAAGAAAAUGAGAAACGUUACUCAAGAAGAACUUCAGACUGCUGAAAUAGCUAAAGAAUUGAGAUUCCUUGAUCACAAUAUAAGGGACAAAUUACACGAAAUUAAAAGAGUUGAAGUUGAAAGACUUAGGCAUCUUGCAACAAAAGAAUAUGAAUUAACAAAUAAUAUUACUAUUGAUACUGGACAUUUAGACGAGUAUAAUCUUGAUACUUUUGAAAUAGAAGAUUUAAGAAAACUAAUUCUCAAAACAACCGAGGAUAUAAGAAAACAAGAUGAAGAACGCCGAGAAAGAUUCAAGGAAUAUGAAAUGAACAAAAAGCUGGAAGAAGAAAAGAAAUUGAAAGAAUUACCAGAAGAAGAGAGAAAAAAAUAUGCUGAAGAACUUGAAAAACAGAAAGAAAAACACAAGCAACAUGAACCGCUGAAUCACCCAGGAAGUAAAAAACAGUUAGAAGAAGUAUGGGAAAAAGAAGAUCAUAUGGAGCGUCAAGAUUUCGAUCCAAAAACAUUCUUCUUUAUGCACGAUCUUGAUGGUAACGGCGUUUGGGAUGAAGACGAAGUGAAAGCAUUGUUUAGAAAAGAAUUAGAUAAAAUGUAUGAGCAGGGAGCAGCCGAAGAUGAUUUGAUGGAAAGAGCCGAAGAAAUGGAAAGAAUGAGAGAACAUGUCUUCAACGAAGCUGAUCAAGACAAAAAUGGACUUAUUGACUAUCAAGAAUUCUUGAUACAAACCAAACGUAACGAGUAUGAAAACGAUCCCGGUUGGAAACCAAUCGAUGAACAAGAAAUUUACACUCCAGAAGAAUAUGAAGCGUAUAAAAAAGAGCACGAUAUUAAAGAACAAGUUGUAGACGGAUUGUCACCACCACAGCCCGGUGCCACUCAUAGCGAUCAAUUCCCUGCGCAACCAGUUCAAAUAGAUCAUAAUCAAGUUCCUCAGCAACAGUACCAACAACCGCCACAACAGCAACAACAGUAUCAACAACCUCCACCGCAACAGCAACAAUAUCAACCGCCUCCACCACAACAUCAACAGCAGUAUCAACAACCUCCUCAGCAACAACAAUACCAACAGCCUCCUCAGCAACAAUAUCAGCAACAACCUCCUCAACAACAGUAUCAACAACAGUAUCAACAACCUCCUCAACAACAAUACCAACAACCUCCAUCCCAACAACAACCUCAAUACGUCCAAAAUAAUCAAAUACCCGCCCAACAACAACAACAACAACAGCAACAGCAACAGCAAUCUCAAGGUCAAGUUCCUCAGCAGCAACAAUACGCUCAGCCAAAUAUUCAAACUAAUGUCAACCAGCAACCAAACGUACAAACAAAUCAAAAUACUGUGAACCAACCGCAACAAAAUGCUGUGCCACAAGCUAACCAAGUUUAGAUUAUUGAUUGAUUUUAUAAAAGUAAUUUCUUUAACUAUGAAUUUUUCAAACUUGUUGGAUUUAGCAAUCUCAGACUGAUUUAUUCUUGCAUUUUUAAUACAGUCUGCCAAUCUUUUUUACGUAAAUGUUUUAUACGUUCAGAGUAUCUUCCCGUUGUUGAAAAAAUAUAAAUUAUUUUAUCCAUUAAAAGUUUUAAAACAAA